AUGGCGAAUGAAAAUACAAGAACAUGGAUGAGCAGGAUUUUCUAUCUGAUAUGUCUGCUGUUUAAUUCCGGAGGAAAUGCAGCCCAGAUAAACUACUCCCUCCAAGAGGAAUCUAAAAUUGGAGUCAAUGUGGGAAACAUCGCAAAGGAUUUAGGAAUUGAUCCAACUUUGUUGGGAAACAGGAAUUUUCGUAUUGUCGCGGGGACAAAGCAGGAGCUCCUUCGGGUAAAUCAUGAAGAUGGCGCUUUGUUUGUGAGCCAGAGGAUAGACAGAGAAGAGCUGUGCGCUAAAAUCAACCCAUGUCUCAUUAAUCUCAAAGCAGUGAUAGAAAAUCCACUGGAAAUGCAUCAGAUAUCAGUUGACAUUAUCGAUGUUAAUGAUAAUCCACCUAGUUUUCUAGACGAAAACUAUAAACUGGAAAUCCUAGAAUCUGCCAUGACAGGCGCACGAUUUCAGGUGGAAACUGCUCACGAUCCAGAUAUAGGCUCAAAUGACUUACAGUCAUAUAAACUGAGCCAAAAUCAUUAUUUUCGCUUGGAAACAGAAGACAUGGGAGAUGAAGGUAAGAUUCCUGUCCUCAUUCUACAAAAACCUCUGGAUAGAGAAAAAAGCGCAAGGCAUAACCUCAUAUUAACUGCGACGGAUGGCGGAAAGCCGCAGAAAUCAGCUGCGGCAAAUAUUACUAUUGUUGUGUCAGACGUCAAUGAUAAUACUCCAGUUUGUGAUAAACAAAAAUACACAGUGACAGUGAAAGAAGACGCCCCUGAAGGAACAUUUCUGCUCCGCGUUAAUGCUUCAGAUUCAGAUGAAGGCAUAAAUGGAGAAAUUGAAUACUCUUUACGGAAUAAAUUCAGGAAAGGAGCGUCUGAUGUUUUUGAUUUGGAUAAUACAACGGGGGAAUUAAAGAUUAAAGGGGGGUUAAAUUUUGAGGAAAGGCAAGUUUAUGAGUUAAAAAUAUUAGCUGCUGAUAAAGGUGCUGUGUCUUUAUCUACACAGUGCAACGUGCUUGUUAAUGUUGAAGAUGUUAAUGAUAACCGGCCUGAGAUUGACGUCACAUCAUUAUCAAGCCACAUCCCUGAGGAUGCCGCUCCUGGAACUGUAGUAGCUUUGAUUGGAGUUACAGACUUGGACUCUGGUAUGAACGGAAAGAUAGUUUGCUCUCUACCCAAAUAUAUUCCAUUUGAUCUCAAGCCUUCGCCUGAUGGGAACUUUUAUUCUCUGGUAACGAAAGAAAGCAUCGAUAAAGAAUCGAAGUCGUCUUAUGAUAUAACUAUAACAGCCCAGGAUUUAGGAUCUCCUUCGCUAUCAUCAACACGAUCGAUUCACGUCGAGGUCACGGAUGUUAACGAUAACAGCCCUAAAUUUGCUCAGAGCCCUUAUACAUUCUACGUGACCGAAAAUAACAAGCCAGGAAUUGCUGUUUUCUCAUUAAGCGCGACUGAUUUAGAUGAAGGGGAAAACGCACGUGUUUCGUAUUCAAUUGAUCGAAUUCAUUCAGACCAAACCAUGACAUCUUUCCUGAGUAUUAAUGAGGCGAAUGGCACUGUUUACUCAUUGAAGAGUUUUGACUUUGAGUCUCUAAAAACAUUUCAUUUCUUUGUUGUGGCUAAAGACUCUGGAAGUCCAUCUCUGAGCAGUAACGUGACAGUGAACGUGUUUAUUCUGGAUCAGAACGACAACGUUCCAGUGAUCUUAUAUCCAGUCAGCGCUAACGGUUCUGCUGAGGGUGUGGAAGAGAUUCCCCGUAAUGUGAACGCAGGUCAUUUGGUGACUAAAGUCAGAGCCUAUGACGCAGAUAUAGGAUACAACGGCUGGUUAUUAUUCUCACUGCAGGAAGUUAGUGAGCACAGUCUCUUUGCUUUGGACCGCUAUACAGGACAGAUAAGGACCCUUCGCUCGUUCACAGAAACAGACGAGGCCCAGCAUAAACUGCUCAUACUGGUCAAAGACAAUGGGAACGUUUCCCUCUCAGCAACAGCGACUGUGAUUGUCAAAGUUGUGGAGCCCAAAGAGGCUUUUGCAGCUCCUGAUGAUAAAAAGGCAGUAAAAGACGAGGAGGAAAACAACGUCACAUUUUAUUUGAUCAUCACUUUGGGCUCGGUUUCAGUGCUUUUCGUCAUCAGCAUCAUCGUGUUGAUUGUAAUGCAGUGCUCCAAAUCUACAGACUAUUCGUCCAAGUAUUUACAGGACGCAAAUUAUGACGGGACUCUGUGUCACAGCAUCCAGUACAGAUCUGGAGACAAACGCUACAUGUUAGUUGGACCCAGAAUGAGUAUCGGCUCUACUAUAGCACCAGGCAGUAAUAGGAAUACUCUAGUCAUACCAGAUCGCAGGAGGAGGGAUUCUGGAGAGGUAAGAGAUUUAAAAAAUAUAUAA